AUGGCAGCAAUGCAGCCAGCAGCUCAGCUCCAGCUCCUGAACCUCAUGUCACCGAGUGGCCCGUGCCUCCUUCAGCCUCAGCCACUCCCUGUUCACCAUGAGAAAGUGUGCAAGCCGUGUCCUCAGAUCCUGAAUGACCCCUGUCCACCCAAGGAGCCAUCGGCCUCGCCGUCAGGGCACGUGCCUCGCCUGCGGGCUGUGGUGGAGAGCCAGGCCUUCAAGAACAUCCUGGUGGACGAGAUGGACAUGAUGGUCUCGCGGGCGGCCACUGUCAUCCAAGCCAACUGGAAGGGCUACCGGCUGCGGCAGAAACUUAUCUCCCAGAUGACAGCGGCCAAGGCCAUCCAGGAGGCCUGGCGAAGGUUCAGCACACGCAGACUGAUGCGCUCCAAUAGGCUGACCACGAGGAAAGCCAAGAGGGAGGAGGAGGGCGACAUACCUUACCACCCGCCGCAGCAGGUGCGGUUCCACGCCCCCGGAGACCAGCCGCUAGCCAUGGUGAGCAAGGAGACUCAGUUCCCAUCCUCCGACAGCCUGGUCUCCUGCGCCACAGUGGCUCCAGCUCCCUGUGCCAGCGGCGUCCCCAGAGGUGGCCUCCAGCCUCAGCAGCCUGUGGCCGACAGACACACAGAGCCCAGGCAUCAACCUGGCACGUUGACCAAGACCGCCCAGAGCUCCUACCUGACCAGACACCUGGAGGGGGACAGUGGGAAGAGCAGGCAUGUGGCUGCCAAGACCAUCAAAGGGGGGAACCCAGAGCCAGCAGCAGCGGGGAGAUAUGGCCAGGCUGCCCAUGGACCCCUGAAGACCCACACCCACACGGAAGCAGACGUCCCGAAGGCUGCACUGCAUACGUGUCCAGUCAGCAAGACCCUUACCAGGGUGUGCCCAGCGGCUGCCACCCCUAAGUCCCCAUGCACGAUGCCCACAGCACCGAAGAGUGUACCGCAGAUGCGCUCUCCUUCCCCAGUGUCAGUCACGAAGAUGCACUCGCCAGCCUGCCCUGCUUCCUCGAUGGCCAGGCCCCUGGCUCAUGUACGACCCAACUCUUCAAUCUGUAGCACCACACCACAGGGGCGUUGUGUGGUCCCCAUGGCCAGGACACAGCCCCCAGGGGCUGCUGUGACCUCCAAGCUCAGGGCCUCACCACGCUCAAUAGCUCCUGUCAGUAAGGCCCCGCUACAUGUUGGCCAUGGGCUCCCAGUGGCAAAGACCUCACCCCAGAAUCGUUCAGUGACCAGAAGCCAACCUCAGACAUGUGCAAUCCCUACUUCAUCCAAACCUUCCUCCCAGACAAGCCCCCUGCUCAAGUCCUCACCACAGACGCGCCUGGCAGCUAUGAUAACCAGGACCCCAGCUCAGAUACGUUCUGUGGCUGCCGUGCUCAGGACCCUGUGUCUGGUCCCUACGGGGGCUGCCUCAAGUCCCAGGGGCUCACCCCAGACUCCGGUGGCUGCUAGCAUUCCCAAUACCACAUCCCAGGUCCAGCUCAACAGCCCGAAAGCCAAGGUCACCCUCAGCACCAAGCAGACCACUGCAGUUGUCAAGGUGGCUUCUCAGUCAUACUUGGCUGAGGGCAAGGGCAGGUGUGGACCCCAUGGACACCUAGACCACGUAGCUUCCAAGCCUCCAGCCAGGUCUCCACUGGAUGUAGAAAAGAUGAAACCUGUACCCCCAAAGGCCCCCAGGAGGGAAGCAGCUCCCAAGACUCACCCAGCUGUUGUGACCAGGGCUCUGUCUUGGACAAAAGUGACGGAGGACAGGAACAAGCCUCUGCUUCAGAUCCAGGAGAAGGCAGAGAUUGUAAGGUUGCAGUCUAAGGUGUACAUGCCUGAGGAGGUGAUUGUGACCCUCUCCCAGGCCCAGCUGGCUGUGCCCCUGACCAAGCUUUCCCACGCCCAGCCGGCCCCUGGCCAUGCCCGAUCCCCGCCGGCCCCACCCUUCUGUAAAGCGGUGUCCCAGUCUUGCAUGCCAUCUGGGCUGGCCACAGGUCCACCUGAGAGACAGCGUCCACACGUAGGCCCCUCUGCCACCCUGCCCUCACCAUUGGCUGCACACCUGAUGUCACUCACAACCCAGCUCCGACCUGCCGGCGAACAGGCCAGGUCUGUGCCCCGAGCUCAUCUGGCCUCACCAUAUCCAGCCACGGCCUCCCUGCAGGCACGCUCCCCGGGGAUGACCUUAGCUCCACCUGAAGGGUGCCUCAACACAUGCCCACCUGCCUCUGCUCCCCAGCACUACAUGGCCUCUUGCCCGAUAAAGCCCUCACCUCAGCUGCGUCCACCCACUGAGCACUCGAAGACCAUGAACAGCAAAACCACCAAGGCCGCGUGCCAGGUCUGUCCACCCACUAAGCUCAGCAAGGCUCCAUCCCUGGCCCGGCUCAUCACAUGUCUGGCCAAGGGUCCACCCCAGGCCCAGCUGGCUACCGAAGCGGCCAAGUGCCUCUUGGCUGCCCACACCGCCACUGACCUCAGUAGCAAGACCCCGUUGCAGCCACUCCUGAGCAAUUCCAAGGUGCCUGUUCAGUUCUGGCAACAUAUUGGGAACCUUAGCACUGGACCCUGCGCCAAGCCAGAUGACAGGAAUGUGGCCCAGCCCCAGCUCCAUAGCCAUGCACAAAACAAGGCCACCCAGAACCCAUGUUCAGUGGCCAUGGACACCCAAGGCAUGCUGGUACCUCUGAUGGCUCCUACCGGACACCCCACAUGUAAUGCAGACUGGGGUGACAGACGGGCACGAACCCCACCACCGCCCCCUCCACCCCCCCAGGCAGCGUCCUGCCAUGAUGACCUGGCGGCAUCCAUUGCGUCCCUGUGUGCAGACCUGGUGGCCAUGCUGGAUUCCCCUGAGGACCUGCGGGCGCUCCUGGCCAAGACGUUUUCUCAGGGGGAAGUAAGGACAGUGCUGAGCCAGGCUCUGUCCCGGGAGAUCCUGGGACCUUCUGUGGUUAAGGCUCUGCCUCAAGGCAUGCUGGGAAUGGCAUUGAUGAAGGCACUGUCUUGGGGUGAACUGGGCAUCUCCCUGUCCCGGGCCCUGUCUCGCGGUGAGCUUCGUCCAGAAUUCAGCAAGGCCACACAGGGCAAGCUGGCCGAGGCCCUGUGCAAGGUCUUGACAGAGGACGAGAGGGCCACUCUUAGCCAGGCGCUGUGCCAGGGCGAGCUGGGUGCCGUCUUCACUCAGUCCUUGGCCCAGAUGGCCCAGAGGACAGGUGCCUUCCUCCCCAAGGCCACCUCGAAAACAGUGGGGAGUCGGACGACCGCAGCGCCUGCCCCGGUGGAGAUGGCCUGCAGUGGGAACAUGUCCGUGGCAUGGGGACCUGCGCCGGGCCCUGCGCGAGCACAGUGUGGCAAGGGCCCUGUGGAUGCUGGCCUGGCUUCUAGCCAGUCAUGGAAUUCCAAAGUCCCCAACGUGUCGGUCAGAGCCACAGCACGUGCUGGGGCACCCCGAGGCACAUGGCCUCCCAGCGGGGGCCACAGGCGGUGGGACCUCUCAGGUACAGCGCUGGACCGCAAGCCCUCGGCCGAGCUGCUGGUGUCGGUGCGGGCCAUGGAGAAAGUGGUCGUCCAGGCCGUUGUCACCAUCCAGGCGUGUGCCCGAGGCUACCUGGUGCGUCGCACUCUGAAGGUGUGGCAUCAGUGGGCCACCACCAUCCAAGCUACCUGGCGAGGCUACCGUGUGCGACGGAAUUUGGCAAGGUUGCUCAGGGCCACCACCAUCAUCCAGGCAGCCUGGCGUGGCUACUAUACCCGCAGGGUCCGGGCCCACCGGCUGCUGCUCCCCACCGCGUGGCCGGUGCUCCGCGGCCGAAGCGUGGGGCGCAGGGACACCAGGACCAGCUCAGAACACCGCUGCUUCCUGUCCUGCCAGCCUGACAUCUGCAGCGUCUGCCAGGCCUUAGGGCCCCAGCUCCAGAGUCCGCCCAGCGUGGUGAUGCUGGUGGGCUCUCAGCCACGCACCUGUCAUGUGUGCGGCCACACACUGUCCACACGCGUGGUGCAGGGCUUCGGCCAGGGUGUCUCAGGCCAGCCUGGUGCUCAGUGGGCCUCUGUGUCCCGGCGGAGUCCCCAGCUCAGCCAGCAGCACAGAGCAGCCUGUGUUAUCCAGGCAGCCUGGAAGGGCUACAGGACCCGCCGCCAGCUCCACCAGCAGCAGUCUGCGGCCAAGAUGGUCCAGGCCACGUGGAGAGGACACUACACUCGCAGCUGCCUCACCACCGAUGCUCUCUUGGGAACAGGAAGCCCGUGGAACAGCUCCAGGAGCACCUCCCGCCGUCCCUCAAGGGCCUACUCUUCGCACUGGCCUGGCGUCUAG